GUCCUUGCAUAGGGUCCGGCGCAGGCGCGCCGCUUGCAGCCCCGCUGGGGUCCUUGCAUGGUGUCCCGCGCAGGCGCAGUGCGGGCAGCACCGGGCUCGCACCGUGAGGGAACGGCGCCGCCAUGUUGGCCCCGGGGGCGGCGGGACGGGUGCUGAGCCGGGCCCUGAGCCUGAGCCAUGGCUCGGGCUCUGUGGUGGUGGAGCGGGUGUGGCCGGUGCCCCUGGCCCGCGCCGGGUCCCCGCCCCGGCUGCACCCCCGGCGGCACCGCGUGUUCCGGCUGGUGCGGGACGGCAAACACCAACCCCGGGGGGACAUGGAGCUGCUGCUGACCCGCACCGUGCAGGACCUGGGCAGCCGUGGGGACCUGGUGAGGGUGAGCAAACACCUGGGCAGGAACCGGCUGCUGCCCCAGGGGCUGGCAGUGUACCCCAGCCCUGAGAACCUGCAGAGCCUGCAGCAGGAACAGGCUCAGCAGGAGAAGCUGGAGGAACCCCAGACCCAGAGUGGGCAGAAGACCCUGGAGUUCCUGCGGCGCUGCCGGCUCGAGGUGGGGAUGAAGAACAACGUGAGCUGGGAGCUGAACCCCAACAUUGUGGCCCGGCACUUCCUCAAGAACCUCGGGGUGUUCGUGCCCCCCCACGCCCUGCGCCUGCCCCCGGAGCCCAUCACCCGCUGGGGACACUUCUGGUGUGACGUCACGGUGAACGGGCUGGACACGGUGCGGGUUCCCAUGGACGUGGUGCAGUUCAUGCGCCCCAAAACCAAACGGUUCCGGCACUGGCAGGAGAAGCAGCGGCAGCAGCUGGAGAGCAGCAGGGAGCGGCUCCUCUGACCCCCCCCUCAGGGAUUUGGGGUCCCCCCUCGAGGGAUCCGGGGUUCCCAGAAUGGAUCUGGGGUCCCCAAAAUGGAUCUGUGGCUCCCUGGAAGGAUUUGGGGUCGGUCCCACCCACUUUGGGAUCCCCCCUCACCUCUGGGGAACCCCCGGACAUGGCUCAGUUGUCCUGAGCACCCCCAAAAUCCCCCCGAGCCCCACUCUGGUCUAGGGGGGUACCUGGGAUGGAUUUGGGGUCCCUGGGAUGGAUUUGGGGUCCCCAGAAUGGAUUUUUUGGGGUGUCCCCCCCUUCCUCACCUGUGGGGAGCUCCAGGAGCAGCAGCUCCCUGGAAAAGGGGGUUCAGUGGAAUUUUGGGGGGGGUCUCAGAGGUUUUGGGGGGGCUGUGGAAUUCCUGUGAGACCCUUGAACCCCCAAAUCCAGGGGGGAUGCACAGAAUGGAUUUGGGGUCCCUGGGAUGAAUUUUGGGAGGGUUCCUCCUCUGGGAACCCCCUCACUUGUGGGGUCAGGAUUUUGGGGGAUCCCAGGAUUUUUUGGGGUGAUCCAAAGAUUUGUGGGGUCUCAGAGAUUUUGGGAGCCGCAGGAUUUUGGGAAUAAAUCCCAAGGGAGUUUUCCCAUGGUGGAAAAAAAAAAUGGAAUUUUUAGGACACAAA